UUUUUUUUCCCUGGAUGUUUGAUAACUGACUGAACAUGCAAUCUCGUUUGAAAAUGAUACAGUUGAAAAACAUUUAAUAUAAUAUAUAUUACAUAGAAUAUUUAAAAACCAUACAUACCUUAAGCAACUGCAUUUUUCUACUAUCUGUUGACUAUUUUAUAUAUGUUAAACUUUGUAUAUCUAUAUGUCUCUCAAAAUUCCUUUUCGUUUUUCCUUUUUUUCACACAGUUAAAAUAAAUCAUAUGUUGUUUUUAUUGUUUAACGAGCAAUAAUGGUUUAACAUUUGGAUGUUCUAACUUAUAAAUAGACUGCCAAUUAUUACUUAUUACACUCAAAUAAAUACUAUUUAUUAACACUUUAUUUAUUUCAUUAUUCUUAAAAUCAGUGUCUAUUUUUCAGUAAAAACUUAUCUUUUAUUUACCAAUCAUUUAUACUUACAAAAGACGUUCGGUCCAAUUUUUUCAAUUCUUUUCCACGCCAUUGUAAAGCAAUAAAUGAACAAUGAUUUAAUUAAUCAGUCCCCAAUUAAACUAUCAUAAAGUUCGGAUAGACACUUCUGACAAUUAGUGCUAAGUUAAAUUAGUACUUGACAGCACGAGAGUACUCUAAAUUUUUGACACGAGCGUUUUCUUCACGGCUUUCACGCGCAUCGCAAUUAACAAGAAACAAACAAUUAAUUUAUUUAAAGCGCCUUUCAGAAUAAUAAAGGGUGUGAAAAACAUGUAAUUUUAUGGUGUCAUUAACCGUAUGCCACGAUUCUGUUGUAGGAUUCACAGCUGCUUUAUUUGAGUAACCUGGGAAUGUCAAGACGGUUAAACUAUAAAACCACUGACCAGUACUGGACCUUCAUCAUUUUAUGAUAUCUUCCAAACCAUACAACUAUUUUAUCAUUAUUUAUCGAGAGAUUACAGUACGACAAUCAACAAUGCCGGUUAUAUCAAAACAUAAGACUGGACGCAACAUGACUUCCGGUAGAUCCAACAUGGGACGAGUGUUUUGUGUAACGGGGAUGCAGAAUGAGUCUCGAGAGGAGCGCGUGAAAUCUGUAACGCCGAGUGUGAUUGGUUCAGAAUGUGGGUCAACGCGAUCUGACACGGAUUCCAAUACAUCCGGUUAUUUGUCAUCGUCAUCGUUUGAAUCGUCAGGGGAAGAGAAACGCUUGGUGCCUAACGGUCACAAGGUCUUCAAUGUGUGGACUAAGUGGGGAGAACAAGUCAGUGUUCCAAAAAGUUCAACACCGAAACAAGGUUCUGAGAACGUAGCAUAUAGAAAACUCACAAAACGUGUAAAUGUGUCCAGUGAAAUGGGAAAAAGUGUUUUGUCUAUUAAGAAAAACUUUGAGAAACCGUCGAAUAUAGAACAAGAUUCUUUCUGGGGCAUUCAGACUCCACAAAGAGUUCAGAGGAGUAGUUCCGAGGGAGAUGUACAUGUGAUCGAAAGAAAAUCUGACAAUGAGUGGAAACGGAAAUCAGUUCAAGCCCCUGUGACACAUGAUGCCGGCCAAGAAAUAAUCCCAAGUAAUAAAAUGUCAAAAUCUCAGGAUUGGAAACGAAGACCAUUUCUCACUCUGUCUGAUUCCCAGCUUGAUCAAAGGUUAUGUGGUCCAAUUUCUAAGUCAACAUCUAAUACAAGGAACAAUUCAGCAUACAGUGCGUUGCCUAGAUACCGCGUGAAAGUGGAUGCUGAUCCGGUUGUUUCUAAAAAUAGACUUGUUGAGCAGCUUAGCAAAUCAUGUGCGGAUUUCGCCGACGAAGGAGUACCUGUCGAUGAAUCAAUGAGUGAAUUUCUAUCAAACGUUGACAGAGAUAAUCUGGCCAGUUUCUUGAACUUCUAUGAUAAAGUCACAAAUAGUUCUUCCUACGAAAAGGCCAGAAGAAAUCCAAAUAAUUAUGAAGCUGUGUAUUAUUAAAAGACAUUAAAUGUUUAAAAUAUAAUUAGUGCAUAGCAUAAAUAGUGCAAUUUUGAUAUGUCUUUGUAUAGUUUGUUUGUACAAGAUGUUUCAUUCUGUUUUUGUUUUUUGAAUAAAAAAGUUAAA